ACGCCGCCGUAAAAGCCGAGCCUGGACUCCUCGCAAGUCCUCUUUGAAGUCCUGAUCGAAGCUUCGAGGUCUCGUCAAGCAGACGUCGUCUAAGCCGAGCAGAAAAAGGGAAAAAAAAAGAGUGCCUUCACAGAGAUCUUUUUAGAGCAGCCGCCUCGCGAGGGCGCUCCGUCGGCGAGCGCCGAACCCGAUAUUCCACCGACGGGGCUCCCGCAUCGAUUCCCGGGCCCUUCGCGCGCGGAGGCAGUGGGCGCUCGGGGUUCGGCCGGCACAGCGUGUUCUUCUGCCCCGGCACUGGUGGCCCUGCGGAAGCGCGCCGUGUCCCGCGCUGGGUUGCUGAGCGACGCAUGCGGCUGGUGAUUUUAUCGAGAGCAACAGCCACUGCUGCCGCGGUCGGAGCGUCUCGGAGGCAGGCGAGUCGGCGAUGGGGUGUAGCGGUGACGGCGACGUGCGUUGGAGGAGGAGCGGGCCCAUCGUGGGAUCCUCGUUCGUCGCGCUGUGCGUGGUGGUGUGUGCUGUGCUGGUUCAAAGUCGGAUACAGGGGCCUGCCAACAAGGAGAUGCCCUACGCGUCCAUCGUGUACACUGCCGUGGCACGAGGGAAGGUGGCCCUUCCCUGCGACAUCAGUCCCCCGUCCCCCGAGGAUUCGGUGACGCUGGUGUUGUGGUACAAGGACGAGAGCCUGGCGCCCAUCUACACGCUCGACUCACGACGGGGUCACGUGGGCCAGGCCCGCCAAUCCUCGCUGCCGGAGUUCGAACAGCGUGCGCACUUCAACAUGGCCAACGAGCCGGCCUUCCUGCAGAUUGACCCCGUCGAGGAGCAGGACGCCGGGGAGUACCGAUGCCGCGUGGACUUCCGGAAGGCACGUUCCAUCAACACCGUAAUCACCCUUAAAGUGAUAGUGCCUCCGGGCGACCCGGUUAUCCUCGACGAGGACGGAAGAAGAUUGGAAGGACUCGUGGGACGCUUCAACGAAGGGGACGACCUUCAGCUCAUUUGCGAAGUGGAAGGAGGUAAGCCUCGCCCCGUGGUAACCUGGUGGCGAGACAAGCGCCUCGUGGACGACAACUUCACGGUCGUCGCCGGCGGAAGCACAGCACGUAACCGACUAAAAAUCCGCGAACUGAAGAGGUCCGACUUUCUUACGGUGCUCACGUGUCAAGCAGCCAACAACAACGUCACCGUCGCUGUGUCACGCUCCAUCACUCUCGACAUGAAUCUUAUACCUCUGGAUGUGGCCAUUCAACCGCCGAAGCGACCACUGUCAGCAGACCAGGAAGUAGAGUUGGUCUGCUCGUCAAGUGGCUCUCGACCGCCAGCUCUGCUCACCUGGUGGAAAAGCGGAGAGCAACUGGUUUCUUCCAAGGAGCACCAGGUGCAAGAGGGUGUCAGCACAAGCUCCAGUGUCCUUCGUUUCACACCCAGGGUCAAAGACAACGGCCUGGUGCUCUCGUGUCGAGCAGAAAAUCAGUUUAUUCCUGGCAGUGCCAUUGAAGAGGGCUGGAAGCUGGAUGUGUUCUACAAGCCCCGUGUUGAGUUACAGCUUGGCCAGAAUCUCAAGGAGCAUGAUAUUCGAGAAGGAAGAGAUGUGUACCUGGAGUGCCUCGUGGAUGCAAGUCCUCCUGCUACGGAGGUCACCUGGUUCUUUGAGGACCACGAAGUGACCACCAACAUGACUACUGGUGUGAUCAUCAGCAACCAGUCGCUCGUGCUCCAGAAAGUGCGCCGCACCAGAAGAGGACGCUACACCUGCUCAGCUGUGAACCGCGAAGGGCACGGAGUCAGCAACAUAUUUCUUCUCAGAAUCAAAUUCGCUCCGGUUUGCAAGCCUGGCCAAAAACGCCUGUACGGAGUGUCUCGGCUAGAGUCUGUCUCGGUCCGCUGCGAGCUGGAGGCCGACCCGGCAGACGUCACUUUCCACUGGCGCUUCAACAGCUCGUCGAGCGGGAAGCGACUCACCCUGGCAAGCUACAGCAACGCCCUAACGCACAGCACCGCCGUGUACUCUCCGAACGGGGAAGAUGACUUCGGCUUCCUGCUCUGCUGGGGAAGCAACGAAGUUGGAAAGCAGCUUAGGCCUUGCAACUUCACUGUCGUCCCAGCGGGUCCACCGGAUCCAGUGACGAACUGUAACCAGAUAAAUGGAACGGAGGAUUCCGUGUCCUUUGAGUGUUCCGAAGGCUCGUGGGACGGUGGCGUCUCUCCGGUCUCCUUUAUGGCUCAGCUGCGGGACGUCGACUCCGGCCGGCGCCUUGUUGCCAACGGCUCUUCUCACGGCUUGCCGUCUUUCACCUUCUUGGGACUUCCCGGAGGAAGCACCUUCAGUGUGCAGGUCUACUCCAUCAACAGCAAGGGUCACAAGGAGCCCACAAACUUUAUUGUGGCAACCCUGAGGCCAGCCGAAAAACUUACGGCUGGUGGUCAAGUCAUCGCAAUCACAAGGCCGCUGCUCGGAGUUAUUCUCGGGGUUGUUGUGACGCUCGUCGUUGCGGCCAUUGUUAUUAUAAUUUUCGCUAGAUACAAACAUCCAAAAAGGACAAAAGGAACAGAUCACGGAAAUGAAUCGAAUGAUGAAAAGUUGCAUACACUACUGAGAAAAGAUGGAGAGGAAUUCGGCGACAUGGAGGAAAAAGGUCCAGACAUCAUACCAGCUACGCCUCUCAGCAAAACGCGUAUAAAGUCUUACGAUGGUGAACUUGAUGAGAGUAAUAACUACAGGAAGGAGGUUUUGACUAGCUUCUACAAACUUCCAGUGUCAGCGAAUGACAGUCUUAUUGAAGGCAGCUUAUCAACUUGUGUAUACGGUGGCAGCAAGGAGUCUCCGGCCUCGGACGUGGUCCACACGGAACUGGAGUUUACCCGCCCAGCGCCUUGUUUGCCAGCUUUUCCUGCGUCGACACUUCCGCCGUCGCGGGGACCGGGACUCGAAGGCACGCCGAGCACCGAAUACUCCCGCAUCGACUUUCAGCGGAGGUCGGCGCUGCGUCCUCUGCCGCCGGGACACCAGAUUCCGAGUAAUUCCCAAGACGACCGAAACGACGACGACGACGACGACACCACACGACCGGAAGCCUGUGACACGCCGCUUGUCCCGGGUAAUCGGAUGGAGAGCACUGUUUAGGCUGGCCCCGUGGGACUAAGCUCCGCUGGUCAAGAUGUGCUGCAACACACAAAGAUUUACCCGCAGCACUGGAGCGGACCCGAGCGUACACUCGGACGAAGAACCAGCGAAGCACGUAUAAAUUCAGCAGUUGUCAUUAAACCUAACAGUGCUACAUAGCAACUGGGUGGGUAUAUUUGUGACAUCCCGACAGAUGUGGUGAAAUAUCAAGAAAACUAUUUUGUGGUGCAUGGAACAUAGUGCACCGACUGAGACGACGCGAGGCACGGACCUGUCAACUACAAACCGUUGGGCGACCCCCACAGUGCGUGCUAUCGGACCCUGCACGCUACGGAAGCCUCUGUUUUUCGUAAUUGCUCGAUCGACGUGAUAUUGUGUGCAAGACGUUCUCCUUGUAAAACGCGCAUUUGCCGGACUGUUCUUGAUCAAUAAAUUUUCUAAGUUUU